AUCAGUAUGUAGGAGAGAGGGAGGGAGGGAGGUCCAGUGUGCUGAGUAACACAAGACAUCCACAGUCAGCCAGGGGGUGGGAGUGAAGAAGUUGAAGCGGACACGUAGCUGCCUGCCAUCGCCCUCAUCUCCCAGCAUCUUCCCUUUUCCUGCCGCUUCUGCGGGCAUCUUCUACCCAACCCGAGACACUUUAUUCUGCCUGUCUGCAAACUUCACAUCGUCCUAUGGAAAGUAAUGAUUGGCCCGGACUCGUGACAUAACGGAUCGGAGAGUGGAUGUGUGUGGGUGCAGUCCUGGGAGAAGCCCCUGUGGAUGGAACUUCUCACACAAGUUACAAAGUAACAGUAUAAGCCUCACAACAAGAGCUGGUCGGGUGGCACCGCUACUGCACAUGUAACCGAUACGGAUGUGUGUUGGCCAGCCUGGAUCUAGUUACAUGGCAAUCUGAUGAGCCCUGGCACUGUGGAGAUCAGACAUCUGGGCACAACAGGGCUAAUCUUACGCCCUGGCACUGUGGAGAGCAGACAUCUAGGCAGAUCAGGGGCAGGCUAAAGCCCCGGCACUGUGGAGACCUGGCAUCUGGGCACACCAGGGGCAAUCUAAAGCCCUGGCACUGUGGAGAUCUGACAUCAGUACACAUCAGGGGCAAUCUAAAGUCCUGGCAUUUUGAACAUCAGACAUCUGGGCACAUCAGGGGCAUUCUAAAGCCCUGGCACUGUGGAGAUCUGACAUCUGGACAAAUCAGGGACCACCUAAAGCCCUGGCACUGUGGAGAUCUGACAUCAGUACACAUCAGGGGCAAUCUAAAGUCCUGACAUUUUGAAGAUCAGACAUCUGGGCACAUCAGGGGCAUUCUAAAGCCCUGGCACUGUGGAGAUCUGACAUCUGGACAAAUCAGGGACCACCUAAAGCCCUGGCACUGUGGACAUCAGACAUCUAGGGCAAUCCAAAGCCCUGUAGAAAUCAGACAUCUGGGCACUCCAGGGGCAAUCUAAAGCCUGGCACUGUGGAGAUCAGACAUCUGGGCACAUCAGGGGCAAUCAAAGCGCUUGCACUGUGGAGAUCAGACAUCUGGGCACAUCAGAAGCAAUCUAAAGCCUGGCAUUGUGGAGAUCAGACAUCUGGGCACAUCAGAAGCAAUCUAAAGCCUUAGCACUGUAGAGAUCAGUCAGCAGGGCAAUCUAAAGCACUGGCACUGUAGAUACCAGAUACCUGGACACAUCAAGGACCAUCAAAAACCUUGGCACUGUGGAGAUCAGACACCUGGCCCUGGCACUGUAAAGGCCAAACAUCUGGCCACAUCAGGGUCCAUCUAAAGCCUCGCCACUGUAGAAAUUAGACAUCUGGCCCUGACACUGUAUAGAUCAAACAUCUGGGCACAUCAAGAACCAACUAAAGCAUUGCAACUGUAGAGAUAAGACAUCUGGGCACAUUAAGGACCAACUAAAGCACUGGCACAGUAGAGAUCAGACAUCUAGACACAUCAGGGACCAUCUAGAGAAAUCCUGUUGGGAUGUGGGUGCCAGGGUCUGCAGGGGGCUGAGGAUGGCAUCGGUUGUGUUUGAGGGCACCUCCCUGGUGAACAUGUUUGUGAAGGACUGCUGGGUUAAUGGGAUCAGGAGACUUAUCAUAAACCGGAAAGGUGACGAGGAGGAAUUCUUCGAGAUCAGGACUGAGUGGUCGGACAGGAAUAUUUUGUAUUUGCACAGGAGUUACUCAGACUUGGGGAGGCUCUUUAAGAAGUUGCUGGAAUCAUUUCCUGAAGACCAUGGGGAGCUGUCACAGUCGUCUCUGCUGGAAGGACUCAUCACAAUAAAAGAUGCCCAUGAAAUAGAGUCAAGACUGAACGAAGUUGAAAAACUCCUGAAGACUGUCAUAAAUAUGGCUUGUAAAUAUUCGAGAUCAGAAGUUGUCCUCACUUUCUUUGAGAGGUCCCCACUGGACCAAGUGUUAAAAAAUGAUAAUGUUCACAAGAUUCAGCCAAGUUUCCAGAGCCCUAUUAAAAUAUCUGAAAUCAUGCGCUCCAAUGGCUUUUGUUUAGCCAAUACAGAAACGAUUGUCAUUGACCACAGCAUUCCCCAUGUAAAGGAUCCUGACCUGGACGUAGAUUCAACAGAUCCAUUAUUUGGAAAUGGAACAGAUUUUCCUCAAGAGGCUGAGGACGCCGAUGACCCAACAGCUUAUGUUACUAAUUUGUCCUAUUACCAUCUGGUUCCAUUUGAAACAGAUAUUUUAGACUGAAGUUAUCAAGAACCUGCAAGGAUUUAUUUACCAUGAAGGUGAAACCUCCUGAGUGCUGCUAUCCCUGUGGCCUUUUUAAAACUUUAAAAUGCAUUUCUCUUAGCAACUAGCGCAUAGACUUUAGCAAAAGAUCAGUCGACUUUUCAGAAUGCCUUAAUGUGAACGAGAGGCAGAAGAUGCCCUGGAAAGCUUGAAAUAAAGGUUUGCUUGUUCUAAAUAUCCAUUCCAUAAUACUUAUCUAGGCUUUAAUUGCAUGCACGUGGCUUUUUCCGAACAUAGUGCAUGAUCAGAAUUGUUUGCCUAAUUGUUGCCAGGAGAUCAAAGCAUCAUACACCAGCAGCAACGUUAUAAUAUUGCAGUAAUUUAUGUUAAAGACCCUGACGAGAAAGGGCUUUUCGUAGGAAC